AAGCAAAUUGACAAUAAAUGAUGCUCUCCGCUGGGAGGUUGAAGGGAAGCUAGACCAGAGAGAGAGAGAGAGCACAUCAGAGGGAAGAGAAAAAAGACCAGCGUAACUUGAAUUGGACCGGCAAAGUCGGCCCCUCAGCUAGGGUGCAUCUUUGCCUCUCUCCACGGUACUAACCGAUCUGGCUAUGAAUUGUGAAUUUGCCACGUUCUUGUAGUCUCAGUAGUGUGUAACCGUAACCGCAGCUCAGCUCACUAUUUGCCUUAGCGCGGACUAAAUCACCCUCCAAGCUGCCGUAUCCUGCCCCGAACGAUCAGCUUCCAUGGACAGCGACUAGCACAGAGACUCCGCAGACUGUGAGAGGAGAAACAAUUCCUCUGGCGUAUCACAGGACCUACACAUCACUCUCAGAGGUCCGUCUCAUCAACAGUGGGUGGAACUCCAUUCUCUCCUCAUUGGUAGAUCCACUUUAGAAGACCUUUCCCCGAUACCUUUGGAAAAUUGAAGCAAGCACUCACAUUAUCUUCAGGAAAUGUACUGUUGUUGUUGUACUAUGCUAGUCCAUGCUGCUAAAAGAUGCUGACUCACAUGAUCAGUUGACACCAAUGACGUGGUCCUUCCAUGAGGAUUCGGCCACUACAAAGUCUGCAACUGAAGAUAUCUGGUUUUGUCAUUUUCCUAUGGAGCAAUAAACCCCAACUGCUAUAUUACUGAGCGGAUUACAGGGUUAUGGAGCCUCAGAGGUGUGUUGUGAGUCCUUGAUCACAGCAGUAGCACAUCAGGCUCAAUGGAACUGCGCUGAGAGAGUGGAUGCACCAGUCUGUAUGGCUUAAAUAGACCAUAAUAUAUCAAUGCAAUUCUCUUAACCUGGAUUCGUUCCAUUGCCCUCCUGGUCCUAAGAGUGUUGUCUUUCUCAAACGCAUUGAUGGGGGACCCAUUGCGUCAUGCUAAGGAGUGGGAGUGCAUUUUCUCAAUAAUGUAAAAAAAUGGAAUGUAGGCUAUUUGUUACCCUAAUAGGGAUUGAUCAGGUACACUUCACAUUUUCCCCUAAAAUAACUCAAUAAGAAAACUGUAAAGUAGGACUACAAGUGCAGUUGGACUACAAGUGCAAUAUAACUACGAGAGCACUAGGACUACAAGCGUAAUAGGAUUACAAAAAAAGUGUAAUAAGACUACAACAGGUCCAUUGUACCUGAUGCAAUAGGACAACAAAUGCAGUAGAACAUCACUUUUUUUGUAGGACUACAACAGGAAGUUCAGUUCAGCAGAACUACAUUGCCCACCAUGGUGUUGCCGCAGCCAGACAAACGCCACGUGUGCCUGACCACCAUGGUGAUCAUGACCAGCAUGGCCUUCAUGGACGCCUAUCUGGUAGAGCAGAACCAGGGGCCCAGGAAGAUCGGAGUGUGCAUCAUCGUGCUGGUGGGAGACAUCUGUUUCCUCAUCGUGCUGCGCUACGUGGCAGUGUGGGUCGGGGCUGAGGUGAAGACCGCCAAACGCGGCUACGCCAUGAUACUCUGGUUCCUCUACAUCUUCGUCCUGGAGAUCAAGCUCUACUUCGUCUUCCAGAACUACAAGGCGGACAGGAAAAGCCUGGAGACGGUGGCCCGGAAGGCUCUAACCUUACUCCUCUCUGUGUGCGUCCCGGGGCUAUACUUGGUCCUGGUGGCUCUGGACAGCAUGGAAUACGUGAGGACCUUCAGGAAAAAGGAGGACAUGCGGGGGAAGCUGUUCUGGGUGGCCCUGGACCUGCUGGAUGUUCUGGACAUCCAGGCCAACCUGUGGGAGCCCCAACGGACCGGCCUGCCCAUCUGGGCCGAGGGACUGAUGUUCUUCUACUGCUACAUCCUGCUCCUAACCCUGCCCUGCGUCUCCCUCUCUGAGAUCAGUGUCCAGGGGGAGCACGUCUCGCCCCAGAAGAUGAUGCUGUACCCUGUUCUAAGUCUAGUUACUAUAAACAUAGUCACAAUCUUGAUCCGCGGGGUUAACAUGGUGCUGUUCCAGGAUAGUAGGGUGUCUACCAUCUUUAUAGGGAAGAAUGUGGUGGCUAUAGCCACAAAAGCCUGUACAUUCCUGGAGUAUAAGAGGCAGGUAAAGGAGUUCCCUCCACAGGACCCUAGCAUGGCAGGUAUAGCCCUGGAGCUGCAUCAAGGGAACUCUGUGGGUCAUAGCCACGGGCACAACCAGACCCUGCCCAAUGCCACCACUAGCCUCUCUGACGAACCAUCACCUACCGAGGUCAUAGACACAUGACCCUCGCCCAUGGAUAGUUAGAUCCUUUUCACACUAUAAUGUCGACUGGAUCCAUGUUGUGACGGCUCUGAUAUUUACCUUUUACAUUGUGCUUACCAGCACGGGUUCAGCAACUACCAUCACAGUACAGCUUGGCUUAGCUUGGCUCAGUAGUGUGAAAAGGGUGGUAAGUGUCUGACCCUGAGUUCAGCUAGACUGGACUAGACUUCUCAGAGCUCAGCUAGACUGGACUAGACAUCUCAGAGCUCAGCUAGACUGGACUAGACUUCUCAGAGCUCAGUAUGACCUCAACCAAGACUGUUCCGGUCCUAUGGAGUGGCAGAAAGAAUCGACACGUUUCAAUGAGACCACUCCAGCUCAGGAAAACGGCCCAGCGCCUUGCCAGCCAGCCUCCCAGAUGAACUGAUGAGAUCAUUCUGAUGAAGACUGAUGUGUUUUUCUAUUCUAUGAUGUGUGUUUCUAUACUUCUCUAUGGUGGACUAACAGACAGACGGACACAUAGAGUUGACCUCAGAGACAAAAACCCAACCCAGCUCAGCAGAUAUGAGCUCAUAGUCUACCUGUUAACCAUACCUGGGUUCAAAUACUAUUUGAAACCAUGUCAAGUACUUUAUCUGGACUUGAUUGUGCUUGCCUGACACGAUGGAACGAAUGGAAUAGUAGCAAGAGUGAAAACCACACCCGCCUGGCACUCCAGGCAGACUAGAGCAAAAACCUAAAAGUGUAUUUUUAAAUUCAAGUAGUAUUUGAAACCAGGUCUGCUGUAAACGCUGUCUUUUUUGACUCUUUGGAGUUUUUGUAUUUCCAAGGCAAUGUUUUUACGUGAUGGUGUACCGCUGUAAUUCUCGUUGUCAUUUUAAAGAUAUCUAUCUAUAUAUAAUAUUAAAAUGAAUGCCACUUCACUGGCAGUGAAGUGGCAUUCAUUUGAGGAUUCCUAUCCUCUGCGAGGGAAUUGCAGAGUAAGAAUGGAUAGAGGGGAUACAAAGAGGCAGAGGGAAGGUAUGUGGGGUUGGAGGAGGAAGCAAGAGAGAGAUGGAGGGAAGGUGAGAGUGGGAGGAAAAUGGUUGGGGAGAUGGGCAGUGUGUGUGUGUGUGUAUGUGUGUGUGGGAGGAUGGAAAGGGGUGGAGAGAUGGAGGUGUAAGCCUCUCAGAAGGGGAUGUCCCUGGUACUGUGUGGAUUUUGAAGUAUGAGACCAGACCAUAUGCACAGUGUCAAUAUUAGGACAGCCUUAGAGUCACAAGACGUUAGUGUCAGACACCAGGGCCUGUAUGUGUCUGUCCGUCUCAGAGGAGGAGUGCUGAUCUAGGAGAAGGUUUUGCCUUAUAAUCCAUAAUUAAUAAGAGGCGGAACCUGAUCCUCGUUCAGAACUCCGACUCUGAGAUACUUUGUGAAUAUGGGCCCUGACUAUAUUAACUCCUUGUGACUCAGAGGCUGUAAUAACAGGUGAUUUACAGACCUGUCUGCUUCACUGAGCUCAGCAAUAUCUGUCGAUGGAAGAAUAAAGAAGGUUCA